AUGGUGAUUGCAUCAUUGCAGUGCCAGUGCCCUGGGUGCACGCAGCAGCAGAGGCAGAAGAAGCUGCCAGGAACCAAGGCUAUCCUUCUCUUACGGUUGCUGCCCUCUCCCUCUCCCUCUCCAGACACAAACCACCGCAUGCAGCUUUCAAGUGGCAUGGUGAUCGCUGUGCCAGUGCCCCAUGGGCAGGCAGCAGAGGCAGAGGAGGUGGAGCAAGCAACACAGAAGGCACUCGCAGAAUCAGACACACAAUGUGUGAAAGGGGCACAGGUCACACCGUUCGUGCUCAAGCGAAUCAAGGAGCUCACAGGAGGGGCGUCACUCACUGCAAAGUUCUACGAGAUUCGACGAGAAGCAGAAACAGUUAAAGAGCAACUGGCAGCCAUCAGAGCCACUGCUGACGUGCCACGUCAGCGUGCAGUCAUUGCUGACCUGGAGCGUGACGUGGCAAGGGAGGACCUGUGGGAGGAUCCAGCUCAGGCGCAGCAGCUGAUGACUCAGCUUACGGAGCUGAAGGAUGGCGUCCGGGAGGUUGAGGAAUUCGCAGAUAAGGUGGAGGAGGUGUGCCUUAUAGUGGAGCUGCUAGAAACGGAGCAGACACCAGACGCAUCACUGGUGGAGGAAGCAAGGGAGGGGCUGCAGUGGGUGCGGGGGCACAUGGAGAGAUACGCCGUGGCUCAGCUGCUCUCAGGACAGUUCGACCGCAAGGGAGCCCGGUUAACUAUUGCUGCUGGCGCUGGAGGGACCGAUGCGCAGGACUGGGCGGACAUGCUCUUACGCAUGUACUCACGGUGGGCGGACAGGCGCGGCUUUAAGAAGCGAGUGGUGGAGCGGUCAGAUGGGGAGGAGGCGGGGAUCAAGAGUGCGACACUUGAAGUGGAGGGGCGGUAUGCUUACGGGUAUUUGAGUGGGGAAAAGGGCACCCACCGGCUUGUCAGACAGUCUCCGUUCAACGCCAAGGGGCUCAGACAGACGAGUUUCGCGGGGGUGGAGGUGAUGCCGUUGCUGGAGGAAGAGGCGAUUAAGGUGGAGAUUCCCGAGGAUGACCUGGAUGUGUCUACAAUGAGGGCGGGCGGCAAGGGCGGGCAGAACGUGAACAAGGUGGAGACGGCAGUGCGCAUGGUGCACGUGCCCACGGGGAUCGCUGUCAAGUGGGUGAUGAGCGGUGAUGAGUGGUUAAGGUGCUGGCACACUGUGGCAAGGAGGCAAGGUGGAGACGGCAGUGCGCAUGGUGCACGUGCCCACAGGGAUCGCUGUCAAGUGCUCAGGUGGGUGAAGAGCGGUGACGAGUGGUUAGGUGCUCGCACACGGUGGCAAGGUGGCAAGGUGGAGACAGGUGUGCGCAUGGUGCACGUGCCCACAGGCAUUGCCGUCAAAUGCUCAGGUGGGUCAUGA